AUGAACGGUACUAGAGACAUGGACGACACGAGAUACCACAUCGACUCUCUUUCUCUGGGCUUUCGCAAAUCCACCAAAAUGUCUGCCGACGAUCUGAGGGAGCGUUGCUCACUGCUCCCGACGACGAGCUCCACUAUGCGAGGAGGGGAAGAAGCGGCGGCGGCGACUGUUUGGAAGAGAAGUGUUGGGGAUGGAGAUAGAGAAGGGACAACGGUUGUGUCCGCGGUGACGGGAUUUGGGGGGGUGACGAUGAAGGAGAGGGUCGUUUGCAUAAUUUCUAACUCAACUAGUAUUGCUGAGGUGUUCUCCAGGAUUGAUCAUAAAUUUGAUUUGAUGUAUGCCAAGUGUGCUUUCGUACACUGGUACGUCGGUGAGGGCAUGGAAGAAGGAGAAUUCUCUGAGGCUAGAGAGGACUUGGCAGCUCUUGAGAAAGACUACGAGGGGGUCGAGGUUGAAUCUGCUGAGGGAAAAGAUGAAGAAGGCGAGGACUAUUAG